UCGUCGAGGGACCACGCCACUUCAAACUGCUGGCGACGAGUCUUUCCACUGGUUCCGUAGGAGCGAUCACCGGCACCCGCUGCCUCGAUGCGGAGGAAAUCGGGAUCGAGUAACCCGUCCAGGAACUCUACGGCCUCGUCUGGCCAUCGUGCUUCCUUCGAAUCGACGCCGGAUCGAUGGGCGACCGAGCGGAGCUCCGCUGCUUCCUUCGCUUCGCCGUUCGCGACGCCUGGCCGAGGGACGACGGCGGCCAAGAGGAAAAACCCUAUGAAGGAGUUGAUCAGGGCGAUCAUAUCUUUCUUUUCCUCCUCCUCGUCGUCCUCCACGACCGAUGCUGCGUUGUCGAGUGGCAAGUUUAGUCGAAGCCUCGGAUCUCCUUAUGUAACUCCAGUUCAUCGCUUGCAUGGUAAUCUAAGGCGAUACCAAGGAAGUGAUUCACCAUGGCGGAAAGAAAGUGGGACGGCAAAGUUCACCAUGGAGGAGAUCUUGAAAGCAACUAAGAACUUUUCCCCGAUGCUAAGGAUUGGGCAAGGAGGGUUUGGGAUAGUUUACAAGGGGAUGCUUGAUGACGGCACUCUGAUUGCAGUUAAGCGUGCCAAAAAGACCAUUUCCAACAGCCAUUUAAGUGUGGAAUUCCGUAGUGAGAUCAAAAUACUAGGACAAGUUGAACACCUAAAUUUGGUCAGAUACUUUGGUUAUUUGGAAGAGAAUGAUGAGCGAGUGGUUAUUAUUGAAUAUGUGCCUAAUGGCACUCUAAGACAACAUCUUGAUGGUAUUCAAGGAAACUAUCUUGACCUUGCAUCCAGACUUGAUAUUGCAGUUGAUGUAACUCAUGCUGUUACAUAUCUUCACAUGUACGCAGAUCACCCCAUUAUCCACAGAGAUAUUAAGUCAUCUAAUAUUCUUCUUACCGAUAACCUCCGUGCCAAGGUUUCUGAUUUUGGCUUUGCUAGACUGGGUGUAAAUGAAGCUGGAGUUACACACAUCUCCACCCAAGUAAAAGGCACUGCUGGUUAUUUAGAUCCAGAGUACCUUAGAACCUUUCAUCUAACAGACAAAAGCGAUGUCUUCUCAUUUGGUGUCUUGUUAGUGGAAUUAAUCUCCGCACGGCAUCCAAUAGAGCGGAAUAGAGAUCUCAGGGAGCGAGUAACUUCAAAUUGGGCAAUGAAGAAAUUUAGAGGCGGGAAAGCAAUUGAAAUUUUAGACCCGGUUCUUCCACGCACACCAGCAAAUACUCUGGCCGUGGAGAAAAUCCUUGAGCUAGCUUCUCGAUGUUUAGCUCCUGCCCGGCAAAAUAGACCCGCCAUGAAGAGUUGUGGAGAGAUUUUAUGGAACAUUCGUAAAGAUUACAGGGAGCUCUUAUCCACUGAUUCUCUUCAAAGAAGCCCUUCCGUUAGUUAAUUGUAAGUAUGGGCAAUGCACUUUUUUGUUGCAGAAAAUUUGUGUACUUCUCAGUAGUGGUCUCAGCAUUACUGCGUGCAAUUUGCAAAUGUGAGUUUCAUAAACGACUAUUAUGUGGAAAAAAAAAAUCAGGCAUGUAAAGAUUAAUAUAAAGGAAUGGGGUUAGUUUGUGACUGCCUUGUUGGUAUGAUGUAGUAAACAAAACUUACAUGGAGGGAUUUUGAAAUCGAAUCUCAAGAAAUUUUGAGAGUAAA